AGAGUCAAGCUGCAGUAGACUGGCCAGGAACCCUACAUUUAAUAAUUGAAAUGGUGCUUUGGAAUCAAAUUGUGCUGGUGGCGGUAUUGUUCAUCUUCUCUUGCCCAAAAGGAAUAGAAACACAACCUUCACAGCACCUGUGUGGCUCGCAGCUUGUGGAUGCUCUAUAUUUUGUGUGCGGAAGUAAGGGUUUCUACUAUGAACCUAAAACAAGAAGAAGCAUCGAGCAGCUUCUAGGAUUACGUGGUGAAGAGUCUGCUCAAGAAAAUGAGGCUCAGCAGAAAUUUCUAUUCAAUAAACUGCUGGGCCGGAUGAUGAAGAGGGGUAUAGUGGAUCACUGCUGUCACAAUACCUGUUCCCUUUACGAUCUCGAAGGCUACUGCAACCAAUAA